AUGGCUCCCCCGGUUUUCCUUGCAGGAUUUGCCCCCUAUGAAAGGUACCUGGAGCUGGGCCGCGGGGGCGCCAUCGCCCUCCCCGAGUUCGAACUUGAUGAGAACGAUGCGUACAUUGUGAUGCCGGGCGAAGCGUUCUGCCGGAUUGAAGAUUGCGACCGGAAGCAGUGCUUACACCCUUUUUGGAAAGACCAAGAUACUCGUAAUCUGCGCCGGCACGUGAAGAGCCAUGGGGUCGAAGUGUCUCAGCAUAACACUGGCAAGCCCUCGACUCAAGAGAAGGACAAAAUUCGGGACUGGUACCGAAAACUGAUGGCCGAUUACAUGCCUGCUGCUGCUGAAGAGCCUGCUGCUGCUGAAGAGCCUGCUGCUGCUGAAGAGCCUGCUGCUCCUGGAGGGCCGACUUCCGAGACGGACACCCCUAAGGUGCCUCUCACUCGUCGUGGACAUGUAUGA